GCGCGGAGACGGCUCCGCCUGGGCAAAGAGCGAGGCGCGCCUCCGCCGAGCGGGAUAAAAUAAGGUACGCGAAGCGCCGCCGCAGGGCCGGAUUCUGCUGCGUUCAAGGGCAGGUAUUUUCUUUUUUUGAAAAUGAAUUUUUCAGCUGAAGACAUUUCCUUUUCAAAGGUGACCAUUGCCUUCUUUACGGUGGCUUCCAUUUUAAUUUCUAUACGAAUUUUUAUGAAGAGCAAGCAACCUCGGCCACCAGGACCUUGGUCUCUGCCAAUUGUGGGGAAUCUUCUCCACUUGGGAGAGCAUCCCUACAUUUCAUUUGAUCGCAUGCGGAAGAAAUACGGAGAUGUGUUUCAGAUAAAGCUGGGAAUGGUGCCAGUCGUGGUGGUUAAUGGACUGGAUGCAGUGAGGCAGGUGCUGCUUAGAGAUGGGGAGAGUUUUGCUGCCCGACCUGACAUGCACACCUUUUCUUUUUUUGCUGAUGGAGAGAGCCUGUCAUUUUCUGUGAAGUACGGAGAAAGCUGGAAGCUUCAGAAGCAAAUUGCCAGCAAAGCUUUAAGGUCACUCACCAAAUCAGAAGCCACGUCUUCCACUUGCUCUUGUCUGCUGGAAGAGCAUGUUUGUGCUGAAGCUUUGGAACUGGUGAAAACCUUCAUGGAGCUCUCCAAGCAGGCUGAUAGCUUUGACCCUGCUGACUCCACUACCUGUGCAGUUGCCAAUGUUGUCUGUGCCCUCUGCUUCAACAAAAGGUAUGACCAUGACGACGAGGAGUUUCGAUGCAUGCUUAAGGUAAACAAUGAUUUCAUAAAAGCAUCAGGCGCCUUCAAUCCAGCUGAUUUUAUACCAUGCCUUCGUUACCUCCCGCUGCCUGCCGCAAAGGCUGCUCGAGAGUUUUAUGGGAAGUUCAACAACUUUGUUGCAAAACGUGUAGAAGACCACUAUACCACAUACGAUAAGAACCAUCUCAGAGACAUCACGGAUGCCCUGAUUAGUGUAGGCAAUGAAAAAAGAGAGGAUGGAAAAGGUCCAGCUUUAUCUCAUAAAAAGAUAAUAGUUACAGUCAAUGACAUUUUUGGGGCUGGCUUUGCUACACUGUCAGUAUGUUUGCAAUGGAUAUUUUUGUACCUGAUAAGCAAUCCGGAAAUUCAAACGAAAAUUCAAGAAGAAAUUGAUGCAAAGAUUGGAGAAAGACCACCAAGGUUUGAAGAUCGGAAAGUUCUACAUUACACAGAAGCUUUUCUUCACGAAAUAUUUAGGCACACCUCCUUCCUGCCCUUCACUAUUCCUCACUGUACCACCAAAGAUGCCACUCUGAAUGGGUACCAUAUUCCCGCAAAGACUUGUAUCUUCGUUAACAUGUAUCAAGUAAAUCAUGAUGAAUCUUUAUGGGAAGACCCUUACUUGUUUAAACCACAUAGAUUUCUGAAUGAAAAUGGAGAGCUCAACAAGAGCUUGGCUGAGAAGGUAUUGAUCUUUGGAAUAGGAAUACGAAAAUGUUUGGGAGAAGAAGUCGCCCGCAAUGAAGUCUUUGUCAUCCUCACCACCAUCUUGCAGCAGUUGAGGCUGGAGAAACCUCCUGAAGAUCAUCUAGAUCUGAAUCCAAUUUAUGGGCUGUCCAUGGCACCUAAACCAUACCGAAUUAAAGUAUUAUUGCGCACUUGAUUGUGAUGAAGGGAACAGCUUUGCUUUCAAAACUCAAUGAUAAUGCAAUAUGAUGCAGUGAAAACUAAUCCAUGAACCUUGUGUGACUAUAUUGCAUCUAUCAGGAGAACCAUGCUGGGGUUUUUGCUUAAUAUGAUUUUUUAAAUCAUUUUUAUUAGUUUUCCAAUAUAAACAGCCAAUUAACAUAUUCCAAUUUAAAAAAACACACUAAAAAAAGGAACAAAAUUGUAGUCCAAAUUAUUAAUUACUAUUUUUUUUCGGGCUUCCUCUUGAAGCAUAUCUCUGAUGUCUCAUUCCUGCUUCUUCUUCUUGUUCUCCUAUUUUCCACAUUCCGAUUUUAUCACUUUAAAGUUCUCCAUCCCUGGCUAUGCGAUUCUCAAUCAUGUCCAAAAUCAUAUAUCCUUACAUCCAUCAAGUCCAGCUGUAUUUGUAAAUAUAUAUAUAUAUAUUUACAACUGUCUAUUUGGCAGCGCAACUUUUCCUGCUUCAUUCCAAUCUCCGUCCGGGCUGUUAUCUGUCUUUGUUUGAAGUUUAAUGAUGCAGCAACUCCCGUAUUAUUAAGUUGUUAAGUUCUUCCCAUCUGGGCUGUUGUCCAAAUCUGUCUUUGAUGUUAGGCAUAUGUUUGCAUAUUGCAGUGUAAAUGAACUGUAUUCCACAGAUGUAAAUCAUUUGACGAUCAAUCAUCAAAUGAUUGACCACACAAUCCCCCCUCCCGGGCCCUAGGAGAGGGGCUGCUAGACAUCUAUUUAGCCUUCUUUCUCGUACUUAAUGAAGAGUCUGCAAACAGAUACACUAUGUUUUGUCCCAAAUUAUUGUCUCAAAUCAUUACAAUGUCAGCCAACGAGCAUCUCCCACUUCCCUCGAAACAGGGAAAAACUCAUUUUUCUAUGCUGCCUCACAAGCGCCAUCUUGUUUCUUCUUUUCUUUGUGAAGUCUUUCCAACCAAUUAAAGCUGUGCAGUUGAAUAUGUAAUUAUAAAUAGAAGUCCAUCUGUACUCCUCAAAGUAAAUUAGGUUUCUUAAUGAGGUUUGGUGUAGAAAACCAAUUAUAAGUAUUGAAAAGAAAAAAAGAACAUACCAAUCAUUGUAAUCCAAACAUCAUGAUGAGAAUCUCUUUGAAGUCUGAGCUUAAAUGCCAGGGACUGUACAAUUCUGCAGGUCUUCUUCUGUUGAAACUAUGUCUGUUUAUUGUUCAAAUCUAAUUAUUUUAUCAAAACAGAUAUUCCCGGCUAUGGGAAUGGCUUUGGAGAGUGCCGGCCAUGUCGUGCUCUGGGACCCAGUGUCCUGCCGCUUGCACAAUGCAAGCUGGCAAUCUCGGACAAUCUGCGGGUCUGCGAGACAGUCCUCCCUCACCCUGGGGAGUCUACCAGGGCUAAUUACCCCCAUAUCAGCCCUGAAUUACUGGCAUGGCCAGGAUCUGAUCGUAUGGGAGUCAGCCAUUUCCCACCACUGGAAACAGGAAGCCCCCCUUAAUAUGAUUUUUUAAAAUCACUCUGAUGACAGGUAUGAGAUAAGCUAGAGAGUGAAUUUAAUCCAGGCUUUUCAUGAGCAAGUUGCCCAUAUAUCUUUUAUGAUUUGUCUUGCAGGGCAUAUAACUAUGGGAGGAGGGGAAAUGCAGAUGAGUGAAAGAGUGAAAGGCUCUUCUGCAGCACCCAAGACCCUGAGCUGGUGGAGGGAAUUGCUGCUCUUAACUGGGUCUCCUGACAGGGGUGCCAACUUGAAUGAAAUGUUGUGGGGGCCCAGGUAAGCCCCACACCACAUAAUCGAUCACACACACCAUUUGAAUGGGAAAGCCCAUCAACUUUGUGGAGGCCUGGCCCCCUCAAAUAUUUUAUUGUGGGGGCCGAAGCCACCACAGCCCCUAGGAGUUGGCUCCUAUGGCUCCUGAUGUUACAUCUAAUGGCUUCUGUAACAAGGUGACCCAGAGGUGUUUGAGCCCGCAGCUUGACAAACCACAUUCUUUCUGCGGCUCCCCUGUUGAAGCCACGUACACUGGAAUUCCAUUACAGGAAUUGGGGAUUUCCCUGUAAGAGAGAGAAUGAAGCUAAGAAAUAAGCAAAGGGGAAUGUGUACCUAAGCAAAGAGUUGAAAGUGAGAGACUGUUCCCUAGCAUGUGGCAGAGGGCAGAGAAAGAGACUGUGAGAUCUUACUCUGGAAGGUAUUGGCACCAUUCCAGAAACUGGUGCCUGUGCUGAGCUGAUGUCAGUUGCUGCAGUUGAAACCAUCUGGGCAGCACCAGCUUGGGGAAGAGGUUGCAAGGGCAGGUAUUUGGCCUCAGGACUCUUCUCCACACAUGCAUUCUUCCAUCUUGCAGUUUUUCUCUGGAAAAAUAGCAUUAGCAAAUGGAUAUACUUCCCCACAUAAAAAAUUCAUUGCUCUUGUAACGGCACAAGGUAGCUGUAAACUGUUACUAAACAACUUUUCAUGGUUUCGUUAUUGUUGCAAGAAUCGGUUAUGGCUGAUGCAAGUCUGUUGCUUCUUGCAUACAUCUGACAAAGUGUGCUUGGGUCCUCAAUAGGCUAGGCCCAGAGGGUUUUCCUUUCUUUCUAGGCGGUAAUCAACUUACCUUCCAAGUCCCGGACUGCAGAAUCCGGGACCGGCAGCCGUGUGACACCGGAAGUUGUGUUGACGUAACUUCCGGUGUCGCUUUGCUCUUCUAUGGGCACCAAAAAUGGCCGCCGCCGGCUUCGAAAGUCGCUUGUACGCAUGUCAGGAAGUGCGUCAAUGCAACUUCUGGUGUCGCUCCUCCCAUCUAUGGGCACCAAAAAGGGCCGCCGCCGACACCGGAAGUCGCGUCUAUGCACUUCCGGACAUGUGUAGAUGCGACUUUUGAAGCCAGCGGCGGCCAUUUUUGGUGCCCAUAGAAGGGCAAAUCGGAAAGGGAAAAAAUGGCUGCCGGCAGGAGAAAAACGGGAGACGAAGUGAUAUGGGGGACCACCGGGAAAAGGUAAGUAAAAACGGGGGUUUCCCGGGGGAAACGGGGUACUUGACAGCUAUGGUACUCAAGGGUACACAGUACUGGCACCUCUUUUGUUGCUGCUGUUAAGAAGUGUGACACUUAGUGUUAACAACAUCAUGGUGUACUACCAGCACCUAUUUUUCUAGGAAAAAAAGCACUGGUUGGGCCAAAUAUUUUUUUUUUUAGAUUUUUAAGAUGUCACAAGUCUUGUCAUUAUUUUAAACUCUGUUUGCCUUAUUGCUUUACAUUAGUUCAUUGAGCAAUUGAUAGACACCAGGGCCAGCUAUAUCUAUAAUGUAAGCCUAGGGUAUUCCACUAUUCUUAUGCGGGUAUUUUUAUGAGGCAAAAGCCAUUCAAAAAGUUCAUUUAAAAAGCAAGUAAGUGGCAGAGGCAGUCACCAAACACAAUCUUUGACUUUAACCAGAGUGAAUGGGGAAAGAAUUUUCAAGGUGGCUUCUAAAAUAAAAUGUGUUGGCAGAUCUUUAUCCCCCUGAGGCUUGUUGAAUGCUUGAACAAGCCUUCCUCAACCUGCAGAUGUUUUGGACAACAGUUCUAAUCAUUCUUAAAUAAUCUCUAACAAGCACUGUUUGUUUCCUUAUGCUCUGGUUUGGAUCACUCAGAUCAUCUGAUGGGCCACUUCUGGUGGUUCCCGAUGCCCAUGGAUCACUCAGAUCAUCUUCUGGUGGUUCCCGAUGCCCAUGGAGUUUGGUUGGCCUUUACUAGGGACUGAGACUUUAGUGUAUCAGCCCUGCUCUGUGGAACUCCUUGCUAGUAGAGACUUGGCAAUUUUCAUUAAUGCCGCCUUUUAGAUGUCUUCUAAAAAUGAUUUUAGUCAGACCUUUGCCAUGGGAAUUUCUUUUCUCUAACCAGUAUUGAUGUUUUACCUGAUGUUUUUAUUGACAUUUUUAUUCUCUUUAUUGUAACGUUGUUUUCUGUAUUCCACCUUCUGUCCUGCUGUGGAAGUGUAAUCUAUAAAUAUUUCAAUAAAUACACAAUUGACAAUGCUGGCUGUGGCUGAUGGGAAUUCUAAUUCAAAACACUCGCAAGGC